UAGCACGCACAUUUUUGACUUGGUGCAAUGGCCAAUGGAGAGGACGACGCCAACGCACGGCUGGGCGUGCACGUGGAGGACCUGAGCAAGGAGACGCCACCCAACCCGUUCCUGUUUCCUCGCUCUUUCCUCAACAUGCACCUACUUCACGACACCGUGGGCAUUCAUCCGUUCCUUCCCGCGUACCCGCCGCAGAUCCUGCAAUGGCAACAGCCCAACCCCAUCACGGAGUCGUGCGCUGGCAAGUUCUUCCUCUCAGCGGCCAUGGGGUACGUCAUGGGCAACGUUUUCGGUCUAGUGUUGGGCAGCUACGAAGGCAUCACGCCGCCUGUGCCGCUCCCCGGCCAGAGAGAACUGCCCAAAGUACCUUGGCGCGAGUCGGUACGGCUGCUCUUUUAUUACUAUCCUGAACCAUGCGCUGUGAGGCUAAUCAACAUUGAUACUGCGUUGCAGCUGGCCGGAUCAUGGAGAGUCACAGCAGGCAAGUGCCGCUAUUGGGGUAACAACUUCCUCGUCAUUUCGGCCAUGUUCUCAGGUCUCGAGUGCGCGACCGAGAAAAUCCGUGGACGACACGACGUGGGCAAUGAACUGGUGGCAGGUUGUGCGACGGGUGCAGCUUUGGCAGCUGGCCAGGGCAUCCAGGCACAGUGUCUCGGCUGCGCUGGUUUUGCUGCCUUCUCGUAUGCCAUCAACGUCUUCACAGGCGGCAAGUUCUAGACUUUGUCUUAUAAUACAGGGAAACAACAGCAAAACAGGUGGAUUGUUGGUUAAUGCUGGUUCUAGCAAGCCAUGUAGCCUCCGUCCACGAGCAAGUUGACGCCGUGAACGUAGCGAGCAUCGUCCGAUACAAGGAACGUGACUGCGUUGGCCACAUCCAUCGCCUUGCCAGGCUCUUCAGCUGGAAUCCGGUUAUUCGAUGCUGGAGCGAGACAAUCGUCACGGCUGAUGGAGUCGUCAAUAAAUCCUGGGGCCACCGCGUUGCACACAAUGCCGCUCGCCGCGUACUCGGCCGCGAUCUGGCGAGUCAGUUGAACGAUCGCUGCUUUGCCCACACCAAAUGUGAAGUGGCCCUUGCGCGCGACCAUUCCGUACAGCGAUGAGAUGUUGACAAUACGUCCACGAACAGCUCCGUUGUCCUGCGUCAGCAUCUGCUGCACUGCGCGCUUACAACUGAGAAAGACUGCCUUGGCAGAGACCCCCAUGGCUUCAUCCCACGCUGCAGCAUCCACAUCUACUAGAGCUGUAGGCUUCACGCCACUGUCUUUUGGAGCUGGAACGCAGUUGACUACGAAGUCAAUGCGUCCGAACUCCUUGGCGAUAGCUGCGUACGUUGCAUCUAUGAAGCUCCAGCUCUGCAGCUCCCCUUCGUAGACCUUAGCGGGUGUUGCACCCUCCAGCCCUCGGAUCUGAGCCUCCACACUCUUGGUCUGGGUCGAAUUUAUAGCGUCUGCUCCCUUGGCUCCUAUAAUAGCGAGUUUUGCGCCUUCCUUGGCCAGUUUGACGGCAAUUAGCUGUCCUAACCCGACAUUCCCUCCCACAACAACGCCCACGCGUCCUUGCAGUCGCUCCCCGCUCUUGCCGCUCGUCUAUAGUCAUAAAAUAGCGGCAAUUAGCAUGCAAGACAAUGCUGAUU